AGAUUGUGCUUGAGAAAUAAAGGUGCAUUUAUUUGUUUGGCAUUAGAAAAUUAAACUUUCAAAGCAACAAGCAUGAAAGCAUUAUGGAACUCACAAAUUAGAGACUCACAUGCUGCUCUUCUAAAUUUUAUUUAUCGUUCAGCAACAGUGUUACAUAUAUGCAUUGCGAAUACUCAUAUAUGCAAAAAAUAGAACGAAUGAUCAAUCUCUCAAACCUAUUUAUAGCUUCAUACAAUUGCCGGCACUACUUUAGUUCAUUCUUCGCCGUCAAAUAGAAUACAUAUAUCGAGAUGAGUUUGGUCGGCAAGGUAGUAAUUGUGACUGGAGCAAGUUCAGGUAUAGGUGCUGCCAUAGCAGAAGCCUUUGCCAAGAGUGGAGCCAGAGUAGCGCUCAUCGGACGAAAUGAAACCAAUUUGAAGGCCACUGAAGCGGCUUGCAAAGCAGCCAACAGCAAUGCCGAACUAUUGCUUAUCACAGCUGAUGUAACGGUGGAUGCUGAGCGCAUAAUAAAUGAAACAGUGCAAAAAUUCGGGCAGCUGGAUGUGUUGGUGAACAAUGCUGGCAUACUGGCUUAUGGAAAUAUUUUGGACAUUAGUGUGGAGCAAUUUGACAGCAUUUUAAAUACAAAUUUGCGUGCCGUUUUCCUUUUGACCAAAUUCGCCGCGCCACAUUUGGUAAAAACACAGGGCAACAUCGUUAAUGUAUCCAGUGUCGCAGGUCUGCGUUCUUUCCCAAAUACAUCCGUCUAUUGCACAUCCAAGGCAGCCCUCGAUCAAUUCACUAGGUGCAUUGCCUUGGAUUUGGCACCGAAACAAGUACGCGUGAAUGCUGUGAAUCCAGGUGUAAUUACGACAGAAAUUUUUACACGUAGUGGCAUGUCAGCUGAGGAAUAUGCUGCAUUUUUGCAACAGGGUAAAGAAUCGCAUGCACUGGGCCGUGUUGGAGCUCCAAAAGAAGUGGCUGAUGCUGUUAUUUUCCUAGCUGCCGAUACCGCCAGCUUUAUAACGGGAGCAACUUUACCAAUCGAUGGUGGAAAGCAUGCAAUGUGUCCACGUUAAUGGAGAAUGGAAUGGAUAUAUUUUUUGUUAGAUGCUAUUAUAAAUUGAAGUCCUAAUACGAGUUCAUAC